AGACACUGUGGGGGAUGUUAUCUUCGCCCUGCCAAGUUCAGUUGUUUCGGUUCAGCGGGGUAACAGGUCACGAUCUCAAAAUCGUAAACAACGUGUAGCGCUUAGCGUUGAUGCAGAGUUGUGGUCACGGACCGAAGGACAAUUUCGCUAUCCAUCGACGCCUGCCGCGGUAUCCUUCAGCUAACCGUGGCCCCGAGGAUAGUAGCCUGCCUCUUGCCGUUCACUCCAGACCAAGUUGAAUGAGAUCGUCAUCACGAUACCGCGAUACGUUUCUUCCUCGUCUGACACCGUGCGGGAAACGAGUGUCGGUCUCCAAUCGCUGGUGACGAUGCUCCGUGAUCGCUAUCUGACCAUCGCCCUGAAAACCGAGGAGAUCAGGGCGCGUCUAGGGCGAGCAAACUCUCUCGACAGUAGAAUAUGGAGGUCAUUACGGUGAGCACGGUGCGUAGGUCGCCAUAUCCGGGUACCCUCGCAUGCCCUCGGCAUAGCCCAAGCUUCGAGCGUCUCGUAUCCAGGCUUCUCGAUAACCCAUACGUUCGUCUCGGGCCGUUUCAUCCGAGGCGGGGCAAGAACCCUGGGGUAAAAACCCAGAUAUUGCCUUCAAGCCGUGUGCAUGGCCGCGUCGUUUCAUGCACAGGGUUCGCAUCCCGUACGGGUGUGUGUGUACUGCAUCUAUCCGUGCGGACGUUUCCCAGGUGUAGCCUCGUGUUCCGCGAAGUUUCGAGGGGCCAGUGCGUGAACCUGCUGAACGGCGAGGGCAACCAGGCUUCACAGCAAAGCUCCAGCGGAUCGCGCGAUGGAAGGGAUCUGUCCGGGUCGAGCUUGUAUGCGCUCCAAGAUGCUCAGGGCCGUAGGGCAAACAAACUCCACACGCUCGACGAACCCCCCCGGGCGCGCCGUCCUCGCGGACGGUUAACACUGAAU